CUUGUCCUGACAGGGCCAUGUCCAGUCAGCUGCUCAGGAUUUGAAUGUAGCAGGUAUAUAACGUAUUGUAUGCAUCCCAACAAAAUUCCCUCACGUUUUAUUUAAUCGCCCUACUGUGAUUAUUGUCACCUUUAUAUGUAAUUUUUUCAGCAAAUAGUUCGUUUUGGGAGCAUUUCUCAUUUUAUCUUGAUGUCCUAUCUUCUUCCGGUAGUGACUUUGCCAUCCUCACUUGCUGUUAAGACAUGCUGUGAGGAGGUGCUCGGGGAGGUGUGUCCCUCAGGAAGAUAUCCUGCUUGAAGCCCUGCCACCUGCCAGAGUGGACACAGGUGAGAUGUCACCUGUCUCCUUCAUGGCUGGACUGUUGCUGGGCUUUUUGUCCCUACGAUACUUUCUCCACAUGACCCACACUGAAGACAUUCCCGCCUGGCAAAGACACCAUCCUGGAAACAACAAAGGCGCCAACCUGACUUCCAGUUCUUCCCCUCCAGCCCGGAUCCUGUGCUGGAUCAUGACGGGGCCCAAAUACAUGGAGUCCAGGACCAAGCACGUGAAGGCCACGUGGGCGGGCCGCUGCGACGCCGUCCUGUACAUGAGUUCCCAGGACUCGGACUUCCCCACCGUCAAGCUGAACGUGAGCGAGGGCAGGGAGAACUUGUACUGGAAGACCAUCCGAGCCUUUCAGUACAUCCACCUGCACCACCUGGACCAGGCCGACUGGUUCCUCAAGGCCGACGACGACACCUUCGUGCUGGUGGACAACCUUCGCCACAUGUUGUCCCGCCUCCCCAGCCGGGAGCCGCUCUACCUGGGAAGGAGGUUCCGCCCCUUCGUCAGGCAAGGCUACAUGAGCGGCGGGGCGGCGUACGUCCUCAGCAAGGAGGCCCUGCGGAGGUUCAUCCGAGGCCUGAGCACGGGGACGUGCACGCACUCGUCCGCCAUCGAGGACCUGGCCCUGGGACAAUGCAUGCAGACCCUGGAGGUGCGAGCCCUGGACACCAGGGAUGCGCUCGGGAGACAAACCUUCCAUGCCUUCCCUCCGGAGAAAUACCUCAUCCCACACUUCCAACGACACCCGCCUGGCCAUCUGCUCUAUGAGUACUACCCCACCCUUCAAGGUCCUGGGUGUUGCUCAGACUUCCCUGUGUCCUUUCACUACAUUUAUGACGUCCAAAUGUACACUUUGGAGUACCUGGCGUACCAGCUGAGGCCAUACGGUUAUAGAUACAGGUGCAAUACUACAAAAUGCUACUAACGAUCCAGGACUUUUCAAUCAGCUGUCAAAAGCAACAACUUGAGUAGUGGAAGAACUUGUAUUUUGUUCUCUGUUUUGUCAUAUUUGGUUGUACUUAAUUAUACUCAAAUGUUCUUGAUUGUUAUUACCAAUCCAUAGUGGUGAAGGAGGAGCUGAGCCGGAAGGCAAAACUCUCAAUUUACCGGUCGAUCUACGUUCCCGUAUUCACCUUCGGUCAUGAGCUUUGGGUUAUGACUGAAAGGACAAGAUCUCGGGUACAAGCGGCCCAAAGGAGUUUCCUUUCUUCCUUAGAGAUAGGGUGAGAAGCUCUGUCAUCCGGGAGGAACUCAGAGUAAAGCCGCUACUCCUCCACAUGGAGAGGAGCCAGAUGAGGUGGUUCGGGCAUCUGGUCAGGAUGCUACUCGAACGCCUCCAUAGGGAGGUGUUUAGGGCACAUUCGACCGGUAGGAGGCCACGGGGAAGACCCAGGACACGUUGGGAAGACCUGGAAACGCAUCGGGAUUCCCCGGGAGGAGCUGGACAAAGGGAAGUCUGGGCUUCUCUGCUUAAGCUGCUGCCCCCGCGACCCCACCUCGGAUAAGCGGAAGAAAAUGGAUGGAUGGUUCUUGAUUAUACUUUGAUACUUUCAAUCAAAACUUCAUUGUGGCUUUCGUAAUGACUAACACGACCGCGAAGAACGUAAACCUCUCCCACAAUACUAUGUGAUUCCUGCUAUAUUCCAGAAUCUGUUUUCAAUAUCACACAAUCAUCUCAUCAUGUGAACCUCCACCAUCUCGGUGGCUCUUAUUUGAUUCUUGGUCAAAAUAAAUUAAAUAAAAAUCAUCUACAAAAGUG